GCAAGUCUGGUUCGUUCUAAUUUUGGAUGGUUUUUGGUGUGCAUAUUGUAUUGAAGUGCAGUUAUCUUUGAUCAAAUUUCGACAAGAUUCAGUUUUUGGAUUAUAACUUUCGAAGCGGAUCGAAAAGUGCUUAAAUAUCGACAAUGUCUCGAUCAUUUUUUAUGGAUUCAUUACUCAACGACAAACCGAUCAGCAAAAGUGCUUUUACCAACUCACAAAUGGACGGUUUUCCGAUGGUCCCGUAUCCAGCAUGCUACGUGGGCAGUUACUUCUUUUCGCUGGGAAUACAACAACAGCAGCAACAACAGCAUCAUCAAAUGUUCAAUCAACAAAAAAGUCUUUCGCCAUCGGUUAUCACAUUGGGAAAACGAAAGUCUCCACCACUGACACCGCCAUUGGAGCUCGAUUAUUAUUCACCGCAAGGCAAUGCUACAACAUCACUCUAUGACGAAUUAGCAGCUAAAAAAAUGAAAAUGUCUCCACCACCAUCACCCCCGGGUUCCGUAUCCGAUUUUUCCGAUUCGAGCAAGAGAAUACGAACCGCCUUCACAUCCACACAAUUACUGGAUUUGGAAAGAGAGUUCUCGAUGAGCCAGUACUUGACACGGUUGCGUCGCAUCGAAAUCGCAAAUAACCUGAAGUUGUCCGAGAAGCAGGUCAAGAUUUGGUUCCAGAAUCGACGAGUGAAACAGAAGAAGGGAGAUAGCAGUCCGAAUCAACAUUACGGAAUAGUGGAAGAAAAAUCGAUUAAUCGAAGUCAUUGUUGUUGUAAGAAUAGUUAUGUGAAUAAUUGCCGAGGCAAUGAUUGUGUUCAGAAUCAGAUAAAUCAUUCGUGAUGAGUGUUCAGUACAAAAAGAAAAUCUCCCGUUUUGUUGUAAAUAGUUUCUUGAUUUCGUACUUGUUUUAAAUAAGAUUUGGUUAUAUCGUAUCAAGUAAAAAGAAAUUUAUGUAAAGAAUGAGCAGAGAAUAAAAA